AGGGAAUGAAUCAGGCCAUCACAGUACACGUUCUAUACCAUACCACAUUGGCAUUGCAUUAGAAUAGAAGAGAGAGAGAGAGAGAGAGAGAGUUGGGAAAAUGUCGGGUAUAAUUCACAAGAUUGAGGAGAAGCUCCACAUGGGGGGAGGGGGAGAGCACAAAAAAGAGGAGGAGAAGCACAAGCAAGAGCACGCCAAGGCGGAGGAGCACAAGAAGGAAGGGGAGAAGCACCAUGCAGGAGGGCCUGUUGAGAAGGUCAAGGACAAGACCCACGGCGAAGAGCACGGGGAGAAGAAGGAUAAGAAGAAGAAGAAGGAUAAGAAGGAGAAGAAGCACGGCGACGGCCAUAGCAGCAGCAGCAGCGACAGCGACUAGAUCACUCGCUCCAAAUGAUCACAAAGGGCUAGAUGGUGGAGACUGAAGCUAUUAGUAGUGCUUGUGACUGCAUGAGAGAGAUACCAAUGUUUACUUCUGCUAUGCUAUCCCCCUAAUGUACUAAAUAAUAAAAAUAUUUUAGUGUCCUAAUAUAUUCCUAGAGUUGGCUUUGUUGUUAUGAUAUGUACUAAAUAAUAAAAAUAAUAUUUUAGUGUCCUUCUAAUA